AUGGUUGUCUUCAGCAAGGUUACCGCUGUUCUCGCUUGCUUUUCAGCCUUUGCCUCGGCUGUGCCAGUGAAGAGCCCUCGUAAGGGCUUCACUGUGAAGCAGGUUAACAAGACUGUUACCGGCACCAGGACUAUCAACUUGGCUGGUGUAUACGCCAAUGCACUGGCUAAGUAUGGUGGUACUGUCCCAGCCCACGUUCAUGCUGCUGCCGUGAGCGGAUCUGCCAUCACCACGCCCGAGGAGUAUGAUGUUGAAUACCUCACGCCAGUCACUAUUGGCAGCUCCACCUUGAACUUGGACUUUGACACCGGCUCUGCUGAUCUCUGGGUCUUCUCUAGCGAUCUUGCUGCUUCGUCGCAAGCUGGCCACGACAUUUACAACGUUGGCACCAGUGGCACUAAGAUUUCGGGUGCUACAUGGUCGAUCUCAUACGGUGAUGGCAGCUCUGCCAGUGGUAGUGUCUACAAGGAUACUGUCACCGUUGGUGGAGUCACGGCCACCGGCCAAGCUGUUGAGGCUGCCAGCAAGAUCAGCUCACAGUUCCAAUCGGACCAAAACAAUGAUGGCCUGCUGGGUCUGGCUUUCAGCUCCAUCAACACUGUCAAACCCACAGCUCAGACGACGUUCUUUGAUACCGUCAAGUCCAAGCUUGGCUCGCCCCUGUUCGCUGUCACUCUCAAGCACGGCGAACCUGGCACCUAUGACUUUGGCUACAUCGACGAGAAGAAGUUCACCGGAUCUGUGACCUACACCGAUGUUGACAGCUCCGAUGGUUUCUGGAGCUUCACCGCUGACAGCUACAAGGUCGGCACAGGUGCUGCUGGUGCCUCUAUCACAGGCAUUGCUGACACUGGAACCACUCUCCUCCUGCUCCCCACAUCAGUUGUCUCCGCCUACUACAAGAAGGUUACCGGUGCCACGAACAGCUACUCCGCUGGUGGCUACAUCUUCCCUUGCACCGCUGUUCUACCUGACUUCACUGUGACCAUUAAUGGCUACAAUGCCGUUGUCCCCGGUGAGCACAUCAACUACGCUCCGGUCACAACUGGUAGCUCUUCCUGCUACGGUGGUAUCCAGAGCAACUCUGGUAUUGGCUUCUCCAUCUUUGGUGAUAUCUUCCUCAAGAGUCAGUAUGUCGUUUUCGACUCCGAAGGACCUCAAAUUGGCUUCGCCGCUCAGGCAUAA